CCUUGCUGAAGACACAGUCAGAGCCUCUCAGUCAGGAAACAUCCAUCCAGUGAACUUUACUGAUUUACUGUAACUGCUGCCAUGUGGAAGGACUCCUGCAACGAUGAUGCCAGGCCUGCAGCCUCUGGUUCCUCUCGUAGCGCCAGCCGCAGGAAGAGAACCAGUUUCUCCAAGGAACACGUAGAACUCCUGCGUGUCACCUUUGAAACGGACCCGUACCCCGGGAUCAGUCUCAGGGAAAGCCUCUCCCAGACCACAGGCCUGCCAGAGUCACGCAUACAGGUGUGGUUCCAAAACAGAAGAGCUCGCACCCUGAAGUGCAAAGGAGCCAAGAAAGCGCUGUGGCAGUCUGACAGUCCAGUCCACGAUGUGCUGUCUCUACAUCACGCCGUUACCAAUAGGGGGCCCCCAAUGGGCCACAUGCCCAUGCCCCCUCAGCGACCUCCACCAGCCUAUCCUACCCAGGUGAAGGAGGAGUUGGAGGAAGGCAGCUUCUAUGGACAGUGUCCCUCUGUGUUCUCCACUAUUGAGGCGCACGGACACUAUGGUUCUAUGCAUGGUGUGCAGCAGGGAAGGCUGGUGGGCGGCAACAGCACCUCAAGUCCCCAUGACAGGGGUUACUGGCCCCAGUCAGGCAGCCAAACUCCCCCUGCCACCCCGCUGUGGUGUCAUUCUCCCACGGAGAUGACAAACUACACUUCUGGUCAGGCAGCCCACUUCAUGUAUCCAGCAGAGCAGCAGAUGUACAUGACCUCAUCCAACUCCCACACCUCCACCCCAGACACCCCUGACUCUGGAUACUGGGACGUCAGCCUGGACAACAGCCCAGGUCAGUACACACAGCUGGAAGAGUCGUGGAGUGGGCACGCUGUGGACAGCUGUGGGGAAUCCAAGCAUCCGGGCUUGGAGCAGCUCGCUCCGCUGCCUGAGCUGUCCCUGCAGGAGAUUCUGGGUGAGCUGGAUGAGGAGUGGCUAGGAGGGGAAGAACAACUGUGAAGUGUCACGUCUGGGGAACAUUUCGUUUUUUUAUUGGCUCUUUACAGAAGACGCCUCAUUUGAAAUGAAAUGUAAUAUUUUGACUUAUGACUAUGUAAUGUAUAUAAAAAGAACCUGUGCUGAACAUCAUCACAUACUGCACAGUUGUUCAACCUCCUGCAGCGUGUUAAGAAUAUGUAUUUAUUAAUCCUUGUACUAUUUAUGAGAUUUAUUUAUGAUUUUCUGCACUUUUAUAGAAAUAAAUCAGUGACAAUAUACACGUUUUCUUUUCGUCUUUGUAUACAAUCAACGUAUCUGACCUUUAUUGUUGCAAAAGAAGUCACAUUCAAGUGACGAGUUAGCUGAUGUGACACUAAAACCACAAGAGGGAGCCAGACUUCAGAACAAAGAACUUGUUACAAAACCACAGCAUCUCUGAUCAUGUCUGUACUGUCUUGAAAAGUUAAAAGACCAAGCUGGUUGGGAAAUUAUGGAGUCAUUUAACACAGAUGACGGGAUUAUAAUCUGACAGCCAACAGGAUUAACAUGAUCUGACGAAGGUUUCUCUCCGAUCUUAAGUGAAAAUUAUUGACGGAAACUUUAACUUUCUAUUAUUUCUUGCAGUGAGGAAAAUCUGUGGCUAAGAUCUAAAAAAGAAACGUUGUAAUUUAACACGAGAUGCUACAAUAUAUUUACAUUGUAGCAAAAUAAUAUGAAAAAUGUUGAUGUUGGCCAUGAAACUGUUUUAACAUAAUGUUGAGCAUCAGACUCUUUAGACUCUCUUCUCAUAUCUAACCAACAGUGACUUUA